GUGCAAAUACUGUAAAGAUUGGCUCGUGUUUACUUCACACUGUUGCGCUGGACAACGAAAGCUGAGCGUGUAUUUGUUGGGAACCUGGCUUUGAAAAGAUUCACACAGCAUCACAACUCGGUGCUGACGGAGUAACGUCUGUGAAGUUAGAAAAGUUUGUUUUACGUUGGGAUUCGACGGGGGGGGAAGCCUUCUCUUAUUUAGCUGGGAGCUAUCGAGGCCAUGAUGGUUUCAUCAUAUAUAAACUGAAGAUUAGUCUGGAUGUACACACCCACAUUUCACUGCGUGCUGUGAACUUUCAGAUUAAGUGAUUGGUGGAUAAGGAACACAAGUAUAAACUCAUGUACCAGAAGGAGUGACUGUGAAAAAAGCUCACCUGAUCUGACCGAGCUUGUGGUCUAAAAUCCAGACGUUACUCUGACAGCUCAGAGGAAGACACAAAAGCUGUGAGCUAAGUGACUGACAGGACCGACUGACAUGGGGAAGCAGAACAGCAAGCUCCGUCCUGAGGUGAUGCAGGAUCUGCUGGAGAGCACUGACUUCACAGAGCAUGAGAUCCAGGAGUGGUACAAGGGCUUCCUCAGGGACUGCCCCAGCGGGAACCUCUCCAUGGAGGAGUUCAAGAAGAUCUACGGUAACUUCUUCCCCUACGGAGACGCUUCGAAGUUUGCCGAGCACGUCUUUCGCACAUUUGAUGCGAACGGUGAUGGGACAAUAGAUUUUCGGGAGUUUAUCAUCGCUUUGAGUGUGACGUCACGCGGCAAGCUGGAACAGAAGCUGAAAUGGGCCUUCAGUAUGUACGACCUGGACGGGAACGGGUACAUCAGUAAAGCUGAGAUGCUGGAGAUCGUGCAGGCAAUAUAUAAGAUGGUGUCCUCCGUGAUGAAGAUGCCUGAGGACGAGUCGACGCCUGAGAAGAGAACAGAGAAGAUCUUCAGGCAGAUGGACACCAACAGAGACGGCAAACUGUCUCUGGAGGAGUUCAUCAAAGGAGCAAAGAGCGACCCCUCCAUCGUGCGCCUGUUGCAGUGCGACCCCAGCAGUGCUGGACAGUUCUAAACCUGAGGCAUCAACACCAUCUUGCUUCUUUGGGGUGACUCUAAAUGCCCGCAACUCUCCACCAUGGAGCAGACUGAUGAUGAAGAUUGACAGGAUGACGACGAUGAAGAAGACAGGCCUUCAGUGUGCACUGAGGACUUUCACACGGGAGAUGGGCACAGGAGCCACAUUCUCCAGUCCACCCCCCACCCCUUCCACCACCCCCGUCAAGCUGUUUGUCUAAAACCCUCCAAACUCCAACUAAGACUCAUGUCCAAUAAGGUUAUUAAACCCCACUGAUUGUAAUUGAAUUCCUCAGUUCUCCUAUAGGCAUGUCCAAGUUUAAAGAAGUUUACAGUAGGUUGUAUAUACACAGUAUAAACUGGAGUCUCUGUAUCAGUGUCUUUGCUUGGCUCUCUGUACCCCCUGAGGCUCCGACCAGGGCCGCACAGAGCCUCCAUCACUCUAAUAUGUAUAAUAGACGGAGUGUGCACAAGACCAUGAGAGAGAUGAUGGUGUUGAGUACUGUAGGCAAGGUCAUUUUAUCAGCAGAGAGGACCUGUGAAGUUUGCCCUUCACUCAGAACGAGUACCGCUUUUCCUCUUUUCUACUGUGAGAAUGUGUACGUGUGUUUGUGGGGGUUUUUUUUGUUUUUUGUUUUUUUGCAGACUUGAUAGACUUUGUUUCACAUUUUGCGCUGGGGCAACAGGAGCAUGUGAUAUUACGCUACUAUGCAUAAGCACCCUGAUUGGUAGUUUUAAUUUUGUGAGGUCUCACUGAUGUAAUGAAGGAUAAAAGCAUCCCUCCAUCCAUCCGUCAUCUGUUUUCACAUCAGCAGCGGCGGCGACAGUGAGGCUGUUGCGGCGCUUUAGCUUAAGGCAAAAAUAGAAAAGUAGUCUUUAUGUAUUUGAGUACUGUGUAGAUAUUUUUAAAGUGCACCUACAUUUGUAUAGCAAACCCACAUAGUCUGGAACGCUCAGUGCUGAACAAACAAUGUGAAAUAAUAAUAAUAAUUUGAAAAAAAAUGUUUGUUUAUUUAAGCUGUUGCGAGAUAUCAAGCAUGCAAACCUCUUUUUUUUUUUCUUUUUUUUUUUAACUUCUACUGUGUGAAGAACAAACUUUUCUUCACUUUUCGGUGUUUUUUAAAGACAGCAUGUUGAUUCAGUUGUCGGGUACGGGGUGCGUAGACUAACAACACAUAUGCAUGUGACUUAUGCGCAUGUGUGUGUUUUUAAUGUGUGUUUAUGGAUGUCAGACGGUAGCGUCAUUCAGCUCUGUGCUCGCUUCUGUGUCGUCAGUGCUCCGUGUUAUUGGCAGAGCCGACACAUCGAGGUUUAUGGAAGAAGCUCUUCGGGACGGCGACCGUGCACGACAUCAACGAGGCAACUGUAAAGACACCGGGUUAUCAAAGCUGAGAGCUCCAUCGUUAAAUCGCCAUCCAAUUGUGUCUCCCGCAUGACCUCACAUGGCUUACUGCAAGCAGCAGCUCACAGUUUAAAGUCUUACAUACAGAUUAAAAGUCAGUGUAGGUGCUGCGAGCCUGCUAAAUUCAAACGAUCGCCCCUUUAUGUCUUUCUAUUCUUCGCUCUGCUUUAAAAGAAAACACAAAAAGAGAAAAACCAAAACCUUUCCAGCAUAAUGCACCCCUGAAUGUAACCCAGCCCUCCUCCAGGCCUCAGCAGAGCCGUCUCAGUAACUGCAAAGGGUUCCAAUUAGAAAAGCUUUGAAUGUUCAGUAUAAUAACUGCUGUUUGUUUUUUUUUAUGUAAAGGAAAAAAAAAGAUGCAGAGUAACAAACAGAAUCACAACUACUGCGAUGAUACUGUCCUAAUGUGUCACUUUUAUGAUUUUAUGAUUUUUUUUUUUUUUUUUUAAAGAAAAAGCUGUCAGUUGGAAGAUUUCUGUUUCAAAAGUAAAGAAAGCAUCUUGUGGUCAAGUGCCAAAUAAAAUCAAAAACAGUAUUGUAUAAAUUUAUACUGUACAAUUGUUCAAUGUUGAACAAAAUGUUUGUAAUUGUUGCAUUUUGUAGGUUUUGUAUGGUAUAUUGUAUUUAGUGACUACGGAUUUGGAACACGGGAUUCUGUUUUCUUGGUCAAUUUCAAAGGCAAGAAUUAAAUUACAAUAUAUUGUGUGCGAGUAAUCAUGUGGUGCUUGUUUAAUUGUGGAAUGUUGUGGAUUUAGCUGAUUAAAGACAAACUGCUA